CCCCCUUUUUUUCCUUUUUGUUGAACUUUACUUGCCAAUGCGACUGCCAGCCACGUCUCGCUCUUCGCCCGCCGCCGCGUCCGCACCGCCAUCCACUAUGAUGCUGAUGAUGAUGAUGAUGCUGGUGCUGAUGCUGUCGCCGCUGCUGCUGGUGAGCGCGGAUCGCCGCAUUGUCGCGUCCAUGGAGUGCUCGUCCAGCCUGGCCGUGGUCCGCUCGAUCGGCCUGCCCAACCCCGACUCUGCUGAUGCUGCUAAUGCUGAUGCUGCUAAUACUAUGGGCGGCGAUCUGAUCACGUCGUUCUGGUCGUCGCUGGGCUCUGCGCCGUCGCUCGCCGUCGCCUACCAUCCCAACGCAAGCGACCCCGGCACCGUCCCCACCAUUGACUGCGACGCCCUCGCGCGGUUUGACGCGGCCAAGGCAAUCACGUUUGGAACACAGCCGAGCUUCAUGUCCGCGGUCGUCAUUGACAAGCUCAUCGAGUUUGACGACAAGGGCCAGACCGGCCUCUACGACCCUCCAAGCACCCGCACAUGCAGCGUCCUCGACCUCACAUCGCUCACCUGGGAAAGCCAGCUCACAGUCCCAAAGAACAAGCCAUUCACGACCACCGCAGUCGCGAGCUAUCUGUCAAAGUACACCAACAUUACCGUCCAGUUCACAGUCACGCCAUCGACGUUCAGGAAUGGAAACCCGCCGGGCGAUUUGAUCAGCGAAAACGCAGUCAAGAUCGAUCUCUUCGUCUCCAACUUUACCUACACAAAGUCCUGCUCCAACACGACCAAGCUGGCCGCUGGCCUCGUGUUUGCAGACGGCAACGGACCAGUCGCCACACCAAACCAACUCGUCAUGUCGGCGCCAUCGUCCAUUGACGACGAGUACACGCCCACCAUCUUCCACAUGGUCCAGAUCGACGUUCCGCCAGCAAAGGUGUACCCGCAGUCCACCCAUGGCUUUUUGAGCUGGAAGCCAAUCGCCUUCACCGACACAGGCCGCAGUAUUGCCAACGGAGGCUUUGCGCGCACCAUCAACGACGAGUUUAAUCCCUUCAAUCCCAACGACACGCUGCCCCAGUCUGUGCCCUCCCUGCUCCUUGAUGGGCGUCUUCGCGACCUCCGCACUGCCAACAUUUCGUUCGGCACUCCAGAGGAUGGCAUUUACCAGCCACCAGUGCUCUUGUGGGGUCUCUCAAUUGGCAUCGGUGCAGCGCCCACGGACGACAUUUCAGUCGCCGUCCUGCUGGCCAUUUCCUUCGGUUUCGGUGUCCCUGGCGUUCUCUUGAUCGUAGGGUCCAUCAUCACUUUUUUCCGUCGUGCCCGCGCACGGCGUUCCGGCUACACUGCCAUCAACUAAUUGCGUGGCGGCUGUGUCCUUUUUUUUUUGUUUUGUCUUGUGAUGUUCUUAUCAUUGUUCAAUUCAACAAUCCAUUCAUUGUUCUUGGUCAUUGUAGCACCCCAGCG